AUGAAUGAAUAUUACACUAACAAUUAUACAAAGUACUGUAAGGAUGUGAAGUUUGAUUUUUUUGAUAGCUACGAUUUUUUGUUCAUUUUUGGUCGAUCAAUUAGUGUUGUUAUAAUUCCAAUCGAUAUUUUUGGAAUGUAUUGUAUAAUUAAGAAAACACCAAAAAAAUUGAAAACAAAAGGAUGUUUGAUGUAUUUGCAAAGCUUGUAGGUUUUUUUUUUUUGAUGAACUCAGAAAUUGUUAAUUCAUUUCGAUUUUUAUAGAAUAAUAUUCCUUGAUAUUCUUUUAACACUUUGUAUGACACCCUAUGUUUAUUUCCCAACAUGUUCUGGAUUUACAAUCGGAAUUUUUCGCAGUAUUGGAUUUCCAAUGAUAUUUCAAUGUUUUAUUGCAAUUGUUGGGAUAAGUACGCUGAAUUUUGCAGUUCCAAUAAUUUUCGAGAAUCGUCAUAACAUUCUUGUCCGAAGUAAUUUUAAAAUCACUAGAAAAUGUAGUCGUAUAUUAUUCUACUUGUUCAAUGUAACACUUCCCUUCUUCUGUCAAUUGCCUGUUUUUCUACAUAUUCCAGAUCAAAUUCCUGCAGCUCUUGAAGUCCUAAAGGUAUGGGUUUCAAAAAUUCGCGGAUUUUUUAAUCGAAGUGCUAUUUUCAGAGAAUACCUUGUCCAACAAUUGAAUAUUUUCAACAACCAAUAUUCACAUUAACUUUGAAAUAUGAUGUUGCCAUGUUUUCAUUGAGUACUACUCUUUUUGUAGCUUUUAUUCAGAUUUUAUUUUUCUCGAUUCAUUCAUUUUACCAUCUUCGGAAAAUAUCAAAUUUUGCAUCAGUGAAAACACAAAAAUUACAAAAAGCUGUAUUCUCAGCUCUCAGUUUACAAAUAUCUGUUUCCACUGCAAUUUUGAUUUUGCCGAUUUUUUAUUUUUGGUAUGCAUUUCAAUUCAAUUAUUAUCGACAAGGUUAGUAACAUUUUUCGAACUAUCAUUUAUUUUUUUUUUUUAAUUUUGUAGGUUUCACGAAUAUCAGUUUUCUGAUGAUUGCAUCUCAUGGAUGUUUUGCGACUGUAACAAUGUUAUUUUGCCAUAAAAAUUAUCGAGAAUAUAUUUCAUCAUUUUUCUGUAAAAAGAAGCCAAGAAUUGAUGGAUUACAUUCAAAUACUCCUUCGUUUCAACGUACAAAUAUAAGUGUUCAACAUGUUGAACCAAUUCGGUUUUGA